CUUUUCGCUCUCUGACCCUACUUUCCUGGCAGCUAUUUCCUAGAAACGGAGCUAUUCCGGAAGGGACUGGAGAAGCGGGGAGUCGGGGGGAAAAGUAUUGUGUAGAGAGCCAGAAGGGGUCGGCAAUAUGAGUUGGAUGCCAUUCAAGAUUGGGCAACCCAGGAAGCAAAUCAUAUCUAAAACAGUUGAACGAGACUUUGAGAGGGAGUAUGGAAAGCUCCAACAACUGGAAGACCAGAUCAAAAAGCUGCACAAAGACAUGAAGAAGAGCACUGAAGCUGACCUAGCUAUGUCAAAAUCAGCAGUGAAGAUCACUUCAGACUUGCAGUCAAACCCACUAUGUGAACAGGAGCAUGAUCAGACAUUUCUGGAGACUGUAAUGGCCUUAGAUACAGCCAUGAAGCGGAUGGAUGCUUUUAACCAGGAGAGGGUGAAUCAGAUUCAGAGGACUGUUAUUGAACCACUUAAAAAGUAUAGCAGUGUAUUCCCCAGUCUGAACAUGGCGGUGAAGAGACGAGAACAGUCUUUACAGGAGUACAGGCGUUUACAGGCCAGGGUGGAGAAGUAUGAGGAGAAGGAAAAGACUGGUCCUGUGCUUGUCAAGCUGCACCAGGCAAGAGAAGAACUUAGACCAGUACGAGAAGAGUUUGAAGCCAAAAAUAAACAGCUUCUAGAUGAGAUGCCAAAGUUCUACAACAGCAGGAUUGACUACUUCAGGCCGAGUUUUGAAGCUCUGAUUCGGGCACAGGUGGUGUACUACACAGAAAUGUUCAAAAUAUUUGGAGAACUGACUAUGCAAAUUGAUGAUCAGGGGCUGACAGAUGAGCAAAGAGAAAAGGAGAAUGAAACUAAAUUAAGCGAGUUGCGAGCUCUCUCUAUUGUUGCAGAUGAUUGAGUGUUCUUACUGGAAUGCCAUGUCUUUUUCCCAGGUUAUGGACAUUUUUGCAUCUGGUGUGCAGCCAGUACUUCUGAGGUUUAACGUGAUGAAACACAGUGCCGUCUUACAAUUUAUUGCUGCACCCCUUUCACUAGCCUAGUAAAAUUCCUGUUGGGGCAUUUUAAAUUUUACCCAGUACAUGCUUUUUAUGUUGUCACACUGUUUCUUGCUAUGAAUUAAAUAAGUAAAAGUCAUGUUUUAUCCUA